AAAAAAGCAAGCAGCGCAGACCAGUUUGAUGAACCUGGCAGCUGCUGCCUGCGUCUGACACACGCUCCACGCUGGCUCCACGCUGACUCCGAGCCCCGGCUGGUAUCGCGGGUUUUCCCAUGACGUCCUCCGUGUCUGGCUCCCACGGCGCAGGAUGUUCGAGGACCCUGAACUUCAAGAUCCAGUGUCGGUUGGUCUGAACGAAAACCGUUGUGGGCAGACGGCUGGGCAGCAGCAGGAGAGAAAAGCGGCAGGAAGCCCCGGCUACACGCCAGAGAUCCAAGUCAUCAUCAAAGAGGAAGAAGAGAGCUGGACUUAUUCCUCGGACCCAAAGAUGGCCUCUGCAAACCUGGACGGCCGAACGCUCCACUUAACAGUCAGGCUUCAGACCGGACCGAAGGAGGAGGAGCAGGAGCCAGCGGAAGGAAUCAGAGGUUUGAUCAACUCGGAUGGAGAGGAGGUGACAUGGGAUGGAAGAAACGUUUCUGACCAAGAGUCUGAUUGCACAGAGGUUUCCCAGUCUGAGAAGGAAGUCAUCCUGGUGGAUUUUCAAAACUCAAGGGACUGCAGCAGUCCAACUCUCGUCAUGGCAGUUGUUGGAGAUGAAGAAGAAAUCGAGGAAGUGGAACAGGAAGAGAGAGUCGUGAGGACGACGAAGAUCUCAACUUCACAUCCUGCAAGAAUGCGACGGAGACGGGCGAAAAAGGUCAGAGAGCGACCUCUGGCAAACCCAGACCAAGGAGAGCCUGUUCUUUUAAACCCCGCGAGGAGAAGAGUCCGAAGACAUGUUUCUCAGCCUCCACUGCUGUGUGAGGGAGACUCAGAGAUACAUGAAGGAGUAUCAAGACGUAGCCGAAGAAGGAGAAAUAUCUGCACCUAUACCGAACCACAAGAAAUAAACUUUGACACUACCCUCUGUGUGACUGCAAAGCAACACUUACAGAAAAAAGAUGCCAAACUCUCUGCUGAAGGAGAAAAUGAAAAUAUUUCUACUGGGAAGAGGCGUCCUCAGAGGAAGGCGUCGCGCGUGCCGAUAGAAAUCCCCCCGGAGCUCCUGAAACAGCCCAGGGAGAAAAUCGAGUAUCGAUGUUCAGUUUGCUGCAAACAGUUUCUCCACGCAUACAAACUGGAGCGGCACGAGCUGAUCCACACGGGGGAAAAACCAUACUGCUGCUCCAUCUGUGGGCGGGGCUUCAACCAGAAGGGGAAUCUGAAAACACACUACAAAGUCCACCUUGGUCGAAAAGACGCUGUGGACUCCGAGGACGAGGUGAAUCCCUCCGCGUCCGAACUCUCAGAAUAUCUGAAGUCCCUGCCAGGAGAAUCAAAGAUUCGUUCGUCCCUCCACUGCCUGGAAUGCGGGAAGGACUGCGAAAGCCAGUCGGCUUUGCAGGCACACCACGUCACGACGCACAGCGAGGUCGUGGCCGAGUCGGAGUCGGCCGAGCGCGGCGCGUCACGGUUCCUCUUCUGCCGCCGCUGCUGCGUUCAGUUCGACGACAAAGACCAACUGGAGACGCACAUGAAGAGCCACGUCAAGGAGAAGCGCUACUCGUGCCCGGACUGCGGCAAGAUGUUCAUCAACGAGAGCUACAUCCAGAUUCACCAGCGCAUCCACACAGGCGAGCGGCCCUUCCUCUGCUCGCUCUGCGGCCGGGGUUUCCACACGGCGUCUUCCCUUAAGCUCCACGAGAUGCAGCACUCCCAGGAGAGACCGUUUACCUGCUCCAUCUGUGGGAAAACGUUUCAGAUUAACUCCUACCUGAAAGCACACUACCAGACCCACAUCAAAGACAGGCCGUUCGUCUGCAGCAUCUGCGGGAAAGGCUACUCCCGAGCUGGGGAGCUGAAAGUCCACCACAGGCUCCACACCGGGGAAAGACCCUACAAGUGCGGGGAGUGUGAGAAAAGUUUCACUUACCGCCAGGGACUUCGGCAGCACCAGCGGACGCACGGCGGCAGGCGAAUGGGACCAACCAGGCAGCUUGGCAGACCCAAGCAGCAGAGCAAGUUGGAAAUCUGACAAUACUUCAGUUCACGCAUUCCUAUUAGUGGUGUCACAGUAAACUGCUCUUUACUCUUCUAUCUUCCGUUCCUUUGGAGGUGGUUUCUGAGCUGGGGAACAGUUUGGAGGCUUACUGUGUUUUCUAUGUCGUGUGUAAGUUCUGUGCCUACGUCUGAAUGCUUCCUCUUUGCUGGUAGCUCUUCUGUUCUAUUUUAGUGCCUUUUGUAAACUGCAUGCCAAAUAACAAACAUGUUUUUUUUUUUUUUUAAAUGCACUACAUCGAUGUUAUUUCAAACUCCUCGUUGUUGAAAUACAAACUUUUG